AAUAAUGGUUGACCUUGAUGGCGGCACUGGGAGAAAUUAAAACCUAUUUAUAGUGAUCUUCAAAAAUUAAAACCUGUUCAUUCUUGUAGAGUUGGCGAACAUGAAUUCAUUUCAGUUAAACAUUUUUAAGUUUAAUUUCUGUUUGAAUUUGGCAAAUUUUGAGGAAGAGACAGAUAGGGAGAUCUGGAGCUGAGUGUGAAACCGUGAAAUUCUCCAUCGAUGGCGUGGAAUUCGUUCCAAGACAUCAGUAACUCGAAGCCACUGUUCUUGGCGAUCUACGCGACUGUUCUAAUCGGUAUCAUCUGCUCCUCAGUCUAUGUAUUCUCUGCUCUUUACGGCGGGAAUCCUGUAGAUCCGACCACCUUGUUUUCUUCCAGCUACUCGACCACACAACUCUCCAAUGUAGAUUCUACUCAAGUGGAUCAUGCUCCAAAUUCUGGGCCUACGACAAGGGAUGAAGCACCAUCAUUAUCUGCAUCAAAGCCUCAAAGGAUGAAGUCUAUAUGGAAGCUACCUCCUCCUGGCUCAAAAAUGCCCCCUCUGAAGACCUUUCGACUGACAAAAGAGCUCGUGAGUGACAGGGUGAAAGACAAUGUUAUUAUUGUAACCUUUGGGAACUAUGCUUUCAUGGAUUUUAUCCUGAAUUGGGUUAAACACUUGACUGAUCUUGGCCUUCACAAUCUUCUUGUCGGUGCAAUGGACACAAAACUUUUGGAGGCUUUGUACCAGAAAGGUGUUCCUGUAUUUGAUAUGGAAAGCCACAUGAGCACCGUAGAUGUUGGUUGGGGCUCACCAACAUUUCACAAAAUGGGGAGAGAAAAAGUUGUCUUGAUAGAUGUUAUGUUGCCGUUUGGGUAUGAGCUACUGAUGUGUGAUACAGAUAUGGUUUGGUUAAAGAAUCCACUUCCAUAUCUUGCUCGUUAUCCUGAAGCAGAUAUCUUAACUUCAACUGAUCAAGUGAUUCCAACAGUUGUUGAUGACAGUUUGGAAAACUGGCAAGAAGUACCCGCUGCAUACAAUAUUGGAAUUUUUCACUGGCGGUCAACAGAUUCUACGAAAAAACUGGCGAAAGAAUGGAAAGAGAAACUUCUAUCCGAUGAAAAGAUAUGGGAUCAGAAUGGAUUUAAUGAACUUAUGCACAGACAAUUAGGACCAGCUGUAGAGGGAGAAAGUGGACUUGUUUACGCUUAUGAUGGAAUUCUUAAGUUGGGACUUUUGCCAGCUAGUAUUUUUUGCAGUGGACAUACUUACUUUGUCCAGGCCAUGCAUCAACAAUUUAGACUGGAACCGUAUGCGGUGCAUACCACCUUCCAGUAUGCAGGUACUGAAGGAAAGCGCCAUCGACUACGCGAGGCCAUGGUUUUCUAUGACCAACCAGAAUAUUAUGAUUCAUCAGGAGGUUUCUUGUCAUUCAAACCAUCUAUCCCAAAGAGCUUGUUGCUUGACGGAGAGCACAACAUUGAAUCACAUUUUUCUCUCAUUAAUUACCAAAUAAAGCAAAUAAGGAAUGCACUUGCCAUUGCUUCUUUGCUGAACCGUACACUGGUGAUGCCUCCACUAUGGUGCAGGUUGGAUAGACUAUGGUUUUCACAUCCUGGAAUUUUGCCGAGGACUAUGACAAGACAACCUUUUCUCUGCCCUUUGGAUCAUGUAUUUGAGGUGCAUGUCAUGCUAAAAGAUCUGCCAGAAGAGGACUUUGGCCCAUGGAUUGAUUUUAGAGAGUAUUCUUUCUUGGACAAUCCUUUACUGUCCGAACAGGUCAAGGAGUCAUGGCUUGAUGUUCAGCUUUGUCAAGAUGGAAGCCAAGGUUGUCAUGUAACUAAUGAGACAAGUCAACCAGGAGUUCUCAGAUUUCCAAAGCAUAGCAGUGAAGAACUGUUGAAAACAGUGUUCUCCUCAUUCAAGGAUAUCAAAGUUAUACAAUUCUCAUCCAUGCAAGAUGCCUUCCAAGGUUUUGCUGACAAGGCAAGAGAGGAUAAGUUCAGAGACCGCGUGAAAAGGUACAUGGGGAUAUGGUGCUGUGUGGAAAACCAUAUUCCUGGACACAUAUAUUAUGACAUGUACUGGGAUGAGAAGCCUGGCUGGAAACCUGCCCCACCAACGACUCCAGAAGAUGACCAUCCGCCUUGGUAAUUUUCAAAUUCAAGUAGUUCUUCCUUUAAGUUGAAGGAGAAGUGGGAAAAAAAAUUGG